AUGUUGACGAAGGUAAACGCAUUGCAAGCAAAUAGAGUAGACAGCUUACCGUCUCUUUCUUCUAUUAGAGUCGCGAGCUUGUUGAGUAAGGCCGUGAAGGGAGAACUUGCUGCUUACUUGCUAUAUCCCCGCGUUCUUGCACGACUCAUUCUUCGAGCCCUGCUUCUCCCUUCCCCCUCUCCCCAUUCGUUCUACCGUCCAAAACAAGGCCGUAUGGAGUAUAGCCAAGUGGUAAGGCAUCGGUUUUGGUACCGGCAUGCAAAGGUUCGAAUCCUUUUACUCCAGAUUAUGAACACCCGAUCGGAUCCGUCAAGAACGAGCCGACGACUACGGGGAAGCGGCCGAUUGCAGUCCCCGAGCCCAGCCCGGGAGGGAGGAAUGCAAGGUUCCCUGGCGCUUCAUGUGACGGGCGUUCACAGUCCCCCUCCCUCUAAUCUAACCCUCCCCCACUCCCCAUACGAAUUUGAACUACGAUCCCCUGCAGCAAAACGCUGUGGAUACACUUUUUAA